UUCCCCCCUACAACAACAUGGAAUUUGCUAACGAAGGAUUCAUUCAACCUCUCCUCCAGAAGCCACCAUCUUCCCCAUCAGGGUCAUCGGCCACAGGCCACCAAGCAAGCAACCUUCUUGAAAACAUACUCACAGACCCCCGAUUACCCAACUUCAAACGUCUCCAAUUAGCCACCUUGAUCGAGCUCAAACUCCUCUUCCAUCUUGCUGCCCCAGCUGUUCUUGUCUACAUGAUCAACUAUCUCAUGUCCAUGUCUACCCAGAUCUUCUCAGGCCAUCUCGGCAACCUUGAACUCGCCGGCGCCUCUCUUGGUAAUAAUGGCAUCCAAGUCCUUAGUUAUGGUCUCCUGCUGGGAAUGGGAAGUGCAGUUGAAACUCUAUCAGGCCAAGCUUAUGGAGCGGGAAGGUAUGAAAUGUUAGGAAUCUACCUACAAAGAGCAACCAUCAUACUCAUGGCAGCUGGGAUCCCACUGACUAUAAUCUACAUCUAUUCCAAGCCCAUCUUGAUCCUCCUUGGUCAGUCAUCCACCAUAGCUUCUGCCGCCGCCGUCUUCGUCUACGGCCUAAUCCCUCAGAUAUUCGUCUACGCCACCAAUUUCCCAAUACAAAAAUUUCUUCAAGCACAAAGUAUCGUCGUCCCAAGUGCCUAUGUAUCGGUUGUAACACUGGUUCUGCAUCUAUUCUUUAGCUGGCUUGUGGUUUACAAGAUGGGUCUUGGAUUGUUUGGAGCUUCAUUGUUAUUGAGCUUAUCUGGUGUUGCUAUGGUAGUGGCUCAGUUCAUAUAUAUAGUGAAGAGUGAGAGGUGUAAGUAUACUUGGACCGGGUUUAGGAUCGAAGCUUUUUCCGGUUUGAUGGAGUUUUUGAAAUUAUCAAUUUCUUCAGCAAUAAUGCUUUGCUUGGAGUGUUGGUAUUUUCAGAUUCUGGUUUUGAUUGCUGGGCUUCUUGAGAACCCUCAACUUGCAUUGGAUUCUCUCUCUAUAUGCACGACAAUUAAUGGUUGGGUCUUCAUGAUUUCAGUGGGUUUCAAUGCGGCUGCAAGUGUGAGGGUAAGCAAUGAGCUUGGAGCUGGAAACCCAAGAUCAGUAGCAUUCUCAGUGAUAAUAGUGACAUUAUUAUCAUUUACAAUCGCUGAAAUCCUAGCUAUAGUCAUUCUACUACUGCGCCAUGUCCUUAGCUAUGGUUUCACCAGUGGAGAAGUUGUUGCUGAUGCAGUCUCAGAGUUGUGUCCAUUGCUAGCUAUCACUCUUAUCCUCAAUGGUAUCCAGCCAGUAUUAUCAGGUGUGGCUGUUGGUUGUGGGUGGCAAACAUUUGUUGCAUAUGUUAAUGUGGGAUGCUACUAUGUAAUUGGGAUCCCUCUGGGAGUUCUCUUAGGUUUUAAGUUCAACUUUGGAGCUAAGGGAAUAUGGUCUGGAAUGAUAGGUGGCACGGCAAUGCAGACUAUUAUUUUACUGUGGGUUACUUAUUGGACAGACUGGGAUGAUGAGGUGGAGAAAGCUAUGACACGCUUGGAUAAGUGGAAAGUCAAGCAAGUGCCAACAGAAAAAGAUUGAUGGAAGCUUGGAUAAGAGACAUAUAUAUGGAGGAUGAGCUAAUUAUCUCUACAUGACUGUUUUAGCUACUAUUCAUAUCAAAGUCGCCAUUAUUACUAUUAUUAUGUUUGGACAUAAUCUGUGCAUGUAUGUACCAAAAAAAGUUUCGUAAUAAAAAUAUUCAAGAAUACAUAAUUUGUUUUCAAA